ACUGAAUGCGGAAGUUAGUACGGAAUGUAAUGUUUACAAAUCCCAUCUCAUCAAAAUUUAUAAAAUGGCAUAUAAGCUAUAGUCGAACCAAUCGAAAGAGGUUGUAUUAAUGCAUUGUCGCCCUAAAUACAGUUAAUAUCGCUAUAUCUGUUUCGAAAUGCAUUUUAAAUGACAUUCUUACACACGUGUUUGCUCAAUGGCUCACUCCCUCUACUGUAAAUAGUCCCCGUUUCAUGUCAGAUGUGAGCAGCUAAGCUGAAGCGAGGCGUCCGCUGGAAGGGAAUAGAGUAGUGGGGACUUGGAUGAGCUGGAGGGGAGGUCUGUGAUGGACACGAGUCCAACGAAGCGGCUCCGGAGAGCGGAGGAAGAUGGAGAGAGGAGAGGAGGAGGAGAGCCAGGGGAGGCUGAGGAGAGGAAGACAGUGGAUGUGAGUGUUAUCAUGCCGGUGCACAAUGCAUCAUGUUGGCUGGAGGAGUGUCUGCAAGCUGUAUUUCACCAAGACUUUGUUGGCUCCAUGGAGCUCUCAGUGUUUGACGAUGCAAGCACAGAUGACUCGAGGAAAGUGCUGGAGAGUUGGAGGCAGAGGAUGGAAGACAGAGGGAUCUCAGUGGUGAUCUCUGGUCAUGAUUCCUCCCAACCAAGAGGAGUGGGUUUUGCAAAGAAUAAGGCUGUGGCUCAGAGUAGUGGACGAUACUUGUGCUUUCAGGAUGCGGAUGACAUUAUGUUGCCUCAGAGAGUUCGUCUCCAGUAUGAAACAGCUCUUCUUCAUCCGAACUCUCUCAUUGGCUGCAGAGUUCAGAGGCUGCCAGAAGGAUCUACGGCGCGCUAUACCCGCUGGAUCAACUCACUGACUCAGGAUCAGCUCAUCACUCAGGUAUACACCUCCAAUGGGCCCACGGUCGUCAUGCCAACAUGGUUCUGCCCUAGAAAGUUGUUCCGGAAAGUUGGAUUGUUUGACGAAGGUGGCAAGGGUGUCCCAGAGGAUCUGCUCUUCUUCUACCAGCUUCUUCGUCAAGGGGUGUGUCCGAUCAGGGUCGACCAGAUCCUGUUGGUUUAUCGUUACCAUGAGAGGGCUGCUACGCAUUCUGUGACAGAGGAGACCAUCUGGAAACUGCGAGUAGACUUUCUGCAGGAGAGAGUUCUCAGGCACUGGGAGAACUUCACCAUAUGGAACGCUGGUAAACAAGGGAGGAAGCUCUACCGAAGCCUGAGCCUGAUCGAUCAGAAGAAAGUCAAAGCAUUCUGUGAUGUGGAUGCAAACAAAAUUCAGAAGAAUUUCUACACAUAUGAGGAAUCCAAGCAAAGACCAAAGCCUACAAUCCCCAUCUUGCACUACAAAGAAGCCACGGGCCCCUUUAUUAUCUGUGUUAAACUGGACAUGACAGGAGGAGUUCUAGAGGAAAACCUCAACUCUUUGCAGCUGAAGGAAGGAACAGAUUACUACCAUUUCAACUGACAGUUCAGAGUGAUGCAGAAGACCACAGGAGCCCUGCAGGUUAAACAGACAAAGGACUGGUUAUUGAAAACAUAAACACAACCUCAGUGAUAGACUGCUUCUAAACAGGACGUGAAGCAGUAACAGAUUAUAGGACAAAGAGGAAAGAAGUUCAUAUUUCACAUAAAAUAUUGAAGGUCCUAUUUUAUUUUAAGUCCCAAUGGUUCAACUUGGCAAAGUUAUCUGGUCUGGUUUUCUGCUUCUUUCUUUUUUCUCAGUUUCAACUUUGUUACUCUUGGCGCUUUCCGUAGCGCUUUUACAAAAAAAAACUAUUUUUAGGGGAGUGCACUUUUAUUUUUUUCAUUUUUGUGUUUUCUCUUAUCUAAUGUCAGAAUUCAAAUAAAAUUGAAACCAAUUUACUUCUGUAGAUGAAAUGACGCUUAAGAAAUUGUAAAAUCCACAGCAGCUGAGCAGCCUCUUUAGAAUACUUGCUCACAUUGUUGAUCAUAUGGUAAAAGUUUCUUAUGGUUUUCAAAGGUUAAUGAAAGAAACUACUGGUCCAACUCAAUAAGUUAUAGAAUAAUUACAAAGUUAUGUGUUUCUCUGAUACAAUUAAAAAAAGUUUUUCUGACACAUUAUAUAGAUUUAUUUAGUACAGUCAUAUAUUUCAAGAGUUUAUUCCUGCUAAUGGUUCUGCUUACAGCAAAUAAUAACCCAAAACUCCGUCUCUCAGAAUGUGGCAUAUUCCAUAAGACAAUGUUAUCUUUAAUUAGUCUGCUGUAAAAAUUCACUGAUGUAUCAGGAAAGAAUAUACAUUCAGUUCUAGUUUGCUCCUCAAUAUGCAUGAUUUUUUGCAUCAUUUGUGAAUUAAUUAAUGUGAUGUCAACUGCGAAAGUGCUCCGUCUACAUUGAAAUGCAAGUCAGAGUAAACAAAAGUUCUCACAAAAGUAUAGUGGUUUAACCCCGACAUAGUGAAGCACGAUGUUACUUGAGAAAUUCAAUAUGGCAUAACUGAUCAGCAGACUUUCAGGCAAAGACAGCCUAAAAUGUUUUUAGCAUCAAGCCAGUAAAGUUAUUUCAAAGCACAACAGAUAAAUCAGCUUUAAAGCCCACAUUUUUCACAGGGAGAGAAAAAUGAUAAAGAAUACAGUCAGGCUGGCUGAGUAAAGUUGUGUGUGUGCCUUUUUAAAGUUAAAAAAGCAGGUGAAUAAAUAUAUUACGUAAUAGAGAGGGUAAAAAUCUAAAACAUAUUUUAUUUAUUUCAAAGAUGCAUAUAAAAGAAAAGCAUAAACAGAACAGCAUUUUACAAUAUAGAGGAUACAUAGUUUGAAAAGGAGGAAGUAGAAGUGUGAAGUUAAGUAUCCCACCCCCUUCAGUUCAUAAUCCAGCAACAAAAGCCUUUCCAAGCUAAACAUAAGCAAACAAUGUAGUUACAAAAACUUAGAUUAUUAACUUUGAACAAACAACCCUCAGCCCCAGUGGUUACUGGUUUUGCAGUUGCUCAUGAGGUUAAUAGCUUUGUUCAUCUUUUACAUUUUCCAAGACUCCUUUUUUACUUUUGUAUUUGCUCUGGGUCCACUCUCUAAUACUUUGAGUAAUAUGUGUCUGAUUUGCAUGGUCAAAUGUACAUGUUCCACUUUAUCACACAAAACUUAAUUUAUGGACAUCGAUGGUUUGAUUUCUUUGUAUGUGUGGAUUGAAUGGAUUGCUACCAACAUCUUGUGAAAAGGUAAUCUCAAUAACACCUCUAACAAUAUUUUUCCUGAGAAAAGUGUUGGCGUGUUCAAUAGUUAUUCCACCCACUGUGUGUCUUCAGAUUAGUGGGUCUAAACUUGUGUCUCUUAUGUUCUUAAAAUAGAAUAGAAAACCUCUUAUUGUCCCACAAUGGGGAAAUUGUGGUGAUACAGCAGCAAAAGGUUAUAGCAGAAGUGGUCACACAAUGUGAACCUUAGAAAGUGUAUAAAAAUAACAGAAUGAUUAACAGAUAAGUUUUAGGCUCUUCUAAAUUCUGGUCAAUCACUCACAGUGGAAUCUUAACCAUCAUAGCAGCUUUUGUUACAUUUAAUGCAGCAUGAGAUCAGCAUUUCUGUAUGGCCUGUCUCCAGAGCAAAGCAUGAAGUGCUCUGUAAAACCCUGGUUUAGAUAGCCUUGCUUUAGAUGUCUACAGCACAGAGGACCAGCACCAGCAAAAUACAUAAAGCAUCAUAAUUAACUACUUAUCAAUUGACCUCAUGCAAACAUGGGUUCUGUCACUUUUUUAAUUAAAUGAAUUAAAUUCAAGAUGGAAAAUAAUAGCAUAUUGUUUAAAUUGAUUACCCCAUAUUGUUCCAAUUGAUUAGGCCCACAAAUGCACUGACUAAAAGCUGCAAGGGUUGGCAAAUAAAAGCACAGAAGUUUCAACAACUGAUAUGCAAAAGAAAACAUGAAGUGAUGUUAACUUUUGAGAGGAAAAACACAUCAUGGUUACCAGCAUUACCUCUGGGGAAUGUUUUACUGUUCCUGACCCUGUAUGAGCUGCACUAGUUAAAUACUAAGCCGUUCACAUGUUCAACAGAGUAUGCGGCUCCUUAAGGGUGGAUGUUUUAUGACCCGAUUUCGAAACAAUCAUUGUCUGAUGCAACCAUGUAAAAUCAGAUCCACACAUGCACAUCUGCUACAAAUGAACAAGAUGGAUUUUGCUCUGUUGUUUUUUUUCUUUUCACUGCAUCUCUUGUGAAAACUAAAGAACAAUAACCUUUUUAAGAGGGCACAGUUGUCAUACAUAAACACAGAGAAAGGGUUUAUUUUACCUCACAGAAAGAGGAGAUUUUCUGCCCAAAGUUAAACAGUUUUUUCUGGGUCAGCAACAUGGUCUGAGUUACUGUAAAUCUGGCCACAGAAGUUUUAAAAUAAAUCACAAUAAUGGUUAAAAACUCAACUUAUUGUCUCAAUU